AUGGAUAAACAGUGUAUUAUUUUGGAUAUUGGCGGACGUUUGUUUAAAACCAAAAUAACAACACUUACUUCGAUCGAUGGUUCCUAUUUUCAGCAAUUGUUUACUACAAAAUGGAAUCAUUUAUUGGAUUUGGAUGGUCAUUUAUUUAUCGAUCGUGAUAGCGAUGUAUUUCCCAUAAUUCUCGGUUAUUUACGUCAUGGAAAAAGCUAUCCUUUGCCAGUUGAUGAUUAUAAGCUAACCUUAAUUAUUUAUGAAGCUCAAUUUUAUAAACUUCCUGAAUUAAUUAAAGCUGCUGAAAAAGUCCGAUCGUAUAUGAGACGAAAUUUCAUCUCAUCAAAAUCAACUAUAUCUACUAGUCCAACAAGUAGACGUUAUUCGACGCAAGCAUCCAAAAAUAUACCGUUACCAAAAGAAAUGACCUCAAAAUCAAUUUUAUCCAUUCCACCAAUGCUACAACAAAUUCCGAAAAAAUCAACAACUGGCAACAAUGAAACAUUGAUGAGACAUUUCUUAAGCAAACUACCAAAUAGGCGCAACAGGAAUGAAAUUGAAAUUGGUCCACCGAAUGAAUUCAAACAUAUCCUACAUAUUGGCGAAGCAGACGAUGGCCAUAAAAUUGUUAUUGAUCAUAGUAACGAUGAUCAAAAAACGCUGAAAACUAUUGUGCAAGCUGUAUAUGACGAAAUUUCAACUUUACCGAUAGUAUACAGUUUGGUAGAUGCAGAUGAAAAUGAAAACCAUAGUGAAUCGGUGGAAAUCUUCUUUACCGAUUCAACUAUUCGAGCAUAUCACAAUGACAACUUAUCAGCACCUCAAAAAUUAUCAACCAGUUUACGAAAUGGUUUUUAUGAUAAUUGCUGCUAUGAGAUAGCACGAAGCGACAACAAGGAAAAAUGUCACUUCAAAGAGAUAAAAAAAAGCCCAAUUGUUACUGAUAUGUAA